AUGUUUCUUCAACAACUGCUUCUCCAUUCCGAACAAUAUCCAAACCUCCUCUUGUUCGGGAAUUGUAAUAGUAAAUAUUAUAUGCAAUUCUUGUUGAAUAAGAUCGUGAAAAGAGUGAUUAGUGCUGCUUCUUUUAAUCCGUUGGAGGAGAAUGCACUGUUUUUGCAUUCGGAUGAACACAGUGAUGACGAAAAUGCUAGUAACAACAAUGAGGUGAUGAGCACUAAAUUAUCAUCAAACAAACUCUCCGAAGAUGAUAUACUAAAAAGUCAAAGACAAGAAGAAAUUAGAUUGCUUUUCAUUGAUGGAGGAGAUUAUAAACAACAAAUUCCGAAAAGGCUUCAAUCUGAUUUGGACCGAUGUAAUGCUCAGUUGAAGAAAAAGAAGACUAAAGGAGGAGAUGACAAUACAUCAGAGAAGGAAAGCGAUGAUAAAUUGAUCAUGCGCUUGGAUGCAACAGAAUUUGAAAAGAUUAACGAACUGUACAAACAUAUUACAACAUUAUUGUCUACCAUUUGGGCUGUAGAUUCCGAUAGCUCAAAGGAAGCAAGAAAACGAAAGAAAGUUAUUGUGAUCAUUAAUUCACUAAGUGCUCUUGGUGUUUGGUUUGGAGAGAGCCAAGCAUUUCAAUUGGUUCACAAACUUUUGCAAUUAUCAACUGCUUCAGAAAACAGAGCAAAAGUCUGUUCUGUGGUGAGCAUAGUGCAUACAGAUACUCAUUCUAGCUCAGUAGUGGAGCAAUACAAAUUGCAUGCUCAAGGAAUUGUCUCAUUAGUUGCAUCUGACGACAUGGAUGCAGAAGAAACGUUCUACUUCCCUGUAGCUGGAGGCUCCAAAACGAAAAAACAAGGAGACGAAGAAUCGUCGUCUGCCCAAGAUGAAGAUGAAGUGGAAGAGAAAAUCCUGAAUAUUGCUGCAGUAGAUUUUAGAUGUGACAUUUACAGUUUAAGGCCUGGUGGAAAGUUGUUGUUUAAUGACGAAUAUUACAAAGUGAAUUCAACAUCUGAAGACGAAGGAGCAAUGGUUCAUGUCAAACAUCCAUUCAUUCCAAAGAGGCAAAAGAAAAACAAGACCAAGAUUGAUGUCGAAGAAGAUGAAGAAGAAGACAAGCCAAAGAUCGCCUCAACAGAUUCAAUGCAGCCCGUGUCAUCUUCCGGAGUUACAAUUAAGCGCAAGGUUGGAGAAAGACGACAUAUUACCAUUGGAGGAGAAGCGGAGACAGAUCAUGUUCAUGGAGCAGGUUGUUCCCAUGAGCACGAAACCACAAGCUCUAUCAAGAAGAAACCAACAACAGGAACCACCUUUUUGGGUGCUUUCGAAGAAAGAGAGAAGGAAAAGCACAGACAAGAAAGAAUGGAUCGACCCAUGUCCAAGGAUGACAUUGAGAAACAAGUCACUUUCAAAAUCGGCCUUACAGAAAAGGAAAAGAGAGCUAGGGAAGCUCUUGAACUGCCUUACAUGAAAGAUGGAUUAAUGAAUCAAUCGAACAAAACUCCACAAGAGCAGCGUCAACAAAAGCAAGGUUUUAUUAUUGUCGAUUCAGAUGAUGAAUAUGAGGCUGAAGAUCCAGAUGAUGAUCUGGAACUCUAA